CGUUGUUGUUAGUACACAUUGUUGGUGUAUGUGUGUGUGUGAAAGCUGUAAACUAUGUGCUAUGAAAUUUGAAGCGCGAACGUCGACGCCUGUUGCCGUCGUGUUCCGCAUGUGACCGAACAGACAGGGGAGGAGCUCCGUGUCUCGUGUACAGUACCGUGGAACCACAGGAUGUGGUCAGUGAGGCUGUAGAGCAGCAGCAGUAGCUACAGUCGUUGUAUUCACGUACAGGAAAAAACACGGCUACAAUCACGUAGCCCGCAGCUUCAGAGAAAGCGUCGCCGGAACAGUAGCACAGACAAAGCUUUGGUGUGCUGAUGCAGUUUUUGUGAGAGCAUAGCGAUCCAAGAACAUUGUGAGUAGACAAGCAAAGAAGAUGAGCACCAAGAGGAAAGCAGAGAGUCGCUCCAGGACAGCAAACAGACCACGCAUCAUGAAGUCUGGACACUCUCGAGCCGAUUCAGAGAGAGAUUCUGGAUUCUCAGAUGCAAGCUCAGAGUAUAUGGGUUCAAUGAACACCACCGACCGGGAGGACUCACUCCACCCUGUUGGACAGCAGGGCUCAGGGCCUCAGCCCUCUCAGCUGGCUGUGGUUGGAGGCUCCUACUCCAGCAUGUCUCCCAUGAUCAUUAUGAACAAUGUCCUCCUGAAGCAGCAGCCCCAGGUAGUGUUCGUCCAACCUGUGGUCUCUCGUCAAGCUUCCCCCGCUCCCAAAGAGACCACCCACAGGCACAGUCAACUCAAGAGGUAUCGUCCAGUCCAGAAAUCCUACCCCAAGAUUGCGCCACAUCCUGGAGACUGGUCCUCGAGCAGAGGAACUUCUUCCUCAUCUUCAUCCACCUCUUCCUCUUCUUCAGCAUCAAAGAGGGGUCGAAGUUUGACCUCUAAACACCGUGAACACAGUCACAGAGUGAAACAGUCAAGAACUCUGGGUGGUACUGUUAGUGACUCUAGCUUAAAUAUUACCAGUCCUAGUGCUCCCAGCAUCAUGUCUCCUCUACUUAAGAGUCAACGCUCUUCCCCCAUGACAGAAACCAGUAGCAGCAGUAGUCCUGCCAGUGAGAGGCCUUCAUCAGCUCUCAGUCAGUCAGAGUUUAACACUUCCUUUUCUAUCAAACAGACCUCUGAUUCUGAAAAUGAGACACCUUCUUUUUCUCAAAAAAGCACCCAGGAGAAAAUUUCACUAGGAGAAAUUGACCACAGUGACUAUGAUGAUGACAUACGGAGGAAGCGUUUCUGCAACACCUACAACAUCCUGAGCAACUCUGGCCUUCUGGACAUCACGCUACGAACCAAGGAACUUCUCAGACAGAAUCGACGCACCCAGAAUGACCUAGACCAGCUGAAAGAACACACAGACCUUUUCCUUCAGGCUAUUCAGAGUGGUGACAUUAGUAUCUGUGGUAAGCUGCAGGCAAACCUUUACAAGGAAGUCGGAGAGAAAGAGAGGAACAGAGCUGCUCAGGCCAGCUUAAAGGCAGAUUAGACCCGGGCCAGUGCGAGACAAUAAACCUUUAAACUGAGAUGAGAGCAGGAAGGCCAGGGUUUGGGAGGGGGUGGAGCGUAUAGAAGCAGAUGGAACGAAAGUAAUGUGCUCCACAAAACACACCCACAGAGGGUGUGCUGUGGCCUACAUUUUGGCUGUGGCCUGCUGUAGGGCUUUGAUGCUCCAAGCCAACCUCAAAAAUUGGUGCAGAUUAAGACUGUGGCCUCAUAUUUUACUUUUUUUUUCAGUAGUUGCUGACAAACUUAACUUUGCUGAACCUGAUGGUGUUAGAAAGAGAAAACAUGGAGGUGAAAAAAAAGUCUGUUUCUCUAGUCACCUCGAGGGUCAAUUGUCCAAACAGCCAGUUAUGACAUGACUUGUGCAAUCAGUGAAGGACAAAACUGUACCCAGGUUUGCUUUAAAAUGUAUCGCCAAAUUUGACAGGAUUUUCAAAGAUUCACUCAAAGAAAAUAUGUAACUGCUGUGAAACGAACUUCAGGAAUUGGUUCACAUAAGCAGUGGGUGGCGCCAAAGUCCAUGUCAUCUCAAAUGGUCACAAUAACAAAGCGCCACGAACAAAGCGCAAGUAAAGAGCACCAAUAGCGGUUAAAUGUUUUGUUACAGCUUUGAUAGAUUUUUUUUCAAACCACACAAACUGCCUCUCACCCACUGUUUCCACAGUUUCUGCUAUUUUUUUCCAGUACAGCAAAAUGUGGAAGCUGGAGAGAUUUUUAGCCACUUGAUUUCUAAAUGUCUUCUGUUAUUAGCUAAAAUCAUUAAAUGUUGUGUUUCCAUUCAGGUCUUUUUAUGCGUAUUAAACCAGACUAAUGGAAAAAACACACCUUUUAAUUGAUGUUGGAUACGUUCAAAGUGCUACUAGCUACUGACUUGAUGUGUUCGGGUCCAGUACGGACACAGCACACAGUUCUGUAAUGCUGAGUCUGACCACAGCUCUUUGACUGAAACUGCUGCACAGAAAUCUUAAGCUCAUUGGCAAUCAAGACUUGGUAACCCAAGAGAUUUGGAUCUAAGGCAUGAAGGGACGCAAACCAAAUUUUUAUAUCAAAUGCACAACUCGGGCGGAGAAUCUGAAAGCUUGUUCAUAGCCCUUAAAAAUGUUCUUAAACACUACAUGACAAUAUGUUUUGAUCUAAAAACUACAAUCAUGAGUUCAGUAGUUUGAAAACAGAAUUAAGUUCACAUUUCUAUUCUGACAAUUUCGUAUCAUUGAUCUAUUCCUUUACACUUUGGCUCACUAGUACUGAUGUGUUGCUUAACAGGAACCUAGUUGACAGUCAGGAAUUGCCUAUAUAAGCCAAAUAAUGUGAAGCAGGAGUUGCCAACCAUGUAAAAUCUCUUUCUGACAGGUUUAAGAAAUGGAUGUGUUCAGGGCCUCUUGUCAGUCUGUAUCCUCAAUCAUUCAGAAGUCUAGCACGUGCCUCAAGUGACUCUUAAGAUGCUGCUGUGAAAGAUUUAGCACAGCCCGUUGACAGUUUGAACUUAAGCAUUCCCAUCACGUUGAUGAAAGCAGCAAUACAGAACAAACAGGCUUCCAUCAGCCACAGUUGCUUCCCAGAUAAACAUCCCAGUGUUAAUGGUGCUUCCUUACUAGUUCAACCACGUUGAUUUGUGUAUGAUGUCCUUCAUACGACUGUAUUGUUUUCUCUUAUUUAUCUGUAUAUGCAUGGAUGUCAUUUAAUGUGAAAUUAAUGAAAUAUCUCACCAAGACAUCCACCAAGGCCUGUUUCUUUAUGAAGCUUUAUUUUUAUUUCUCUAUUUGACAAAAUGUCCAAUGUGCCCUGUCUAAAUUGGGAACAGAUGUGUGCUUAUUGUCAUGUUUUUGUAUGCUUAUAAAUGAUGGCCUUAAUACUAAACACCCAGAUAGCAUUACAGAACUUUGCAUUUGCACUAAACUGAUGUAAGCAGGAGCUCUAAAGCAGAUUCUGGAAAGAAUGAAAUGGCAGCUAUGGAAGAUAAUUUGAGUAAGACUGCAAAAAUACUUUGCUUUGUGAGUCAUUGUAAGCACAUUAGCUGUGUAUAAUAGAACAGGUUUCUGUUGUCUCAUAGUCUCUAAGUACUAGAUUUUUAUAAUAUUGUUAUGUUGACUGAAAAUGGCCUAUGAGUUACAUCUCAAGCAAGGGAAUCUUUCAUGGCUCAUGUUGUAAAUUAAUUACAGAAAUGUACAUGGAUGGUUUGUAGGGACUGGAGCACACAUGCAUGUUUAUCAGAGCUAAAUGACAGGACAACAGCUAAGAGGGAGUGGUAGCAGUCAAUAUGAAGGUUUCUUUUUUUCUAAACUGUCAAUCUUUAAUUCAUUUGUAUGUUUAAUUUUUUUGUAAUGCUGUCAUGGCAGGUAUGUUUUUGUGUUCAGGGUCACUGGAAAACCUUUUGUGCUCAACACCCAGCCUUUCUGCUUGAUAGUUUGAGGUUGCACUGAAGAGGUUUAAAGUCAUCUCAUGUUUUUUUUUAUUGCACCAGUUCCACUGUUGGCAAAAAAAGAAGCCCCAGACGUAUUGCACAGUUUUUUCGAGGUUGAAACAUUUCCAGAAGUGUUGUUCUAUGACCAUUAAAUCUGCUGCAAGCUUUGAAGUUUAUGAUUGAUCUCAAUGCAGAGUUUCUCUGUAGAGCUUAUGGUUAAGCUUUCUUAAGAUCACAUCGCUGUUUUCUGGGGAUUGCCUUUGAUUGUAGCUAACUGCCGUCAAGUGUAGUACGUGAGUAGUAUUGCUAAUUCAGAGCACUAUGCGUUGUUUGUUUCUUAUCUAAGAUAAUGGAAUCUGUUAUCUGUUCAUCAUUUUUCAGUUAAAUGAGUAUAGUUCAAUGUAGCUAGAGAGUUUGGUCUCCAACUGUAUUCAGCAAUAAAAAAGAGGUCAUGUCGCAGUGACAGUGUUAAUGUUUCUCCUACAUCAGGAUAUAAAACAUGAUAAAUGUGUAGUUUAAUCAGUGGCUCUAUAGAACUAUACUUCAUUUAUCAAGGAGCCUAAAUGUUUUUUUUUGUUUGUGUAUAUAUGUGCAUUUUUUGAAACACACUCCAGGAAUAAUUGACAACCUUAACCAAUAUUUUUCUCUGUCAGCUCUUAAAUAAAUGUUUUUAAAAGCUGUA